UUUGUCCCUUAAUAGCUUCAGGAGAAAGCACGACUCAGCGUUAUCUUCUGGAAAAGGAAUUGUUCGUGGGCUCCUGUUUAGUGAUGUCACAGGAGUUUAAUUCCCUGAGUUUCUGGUAAUCUCAGCGUGCUGAGCUGCCAGCUGCUCCCUCCCCAACCACUAGCCCCAGAGAGAAAGGAUGGUUCAGGGGUUAAAGUGCUGGCCUGGGACUCAGAGGAACUGAUCAAGGUGCUAAAAGAGCAUGGAAGGAAGGAACUCUCCCAGGUGUCAAUAAAGGAGGUUUUGGAACAAACUGAUCAAUUAAACAGUAAAAAGUCACCAGGACCAGAUGGUAUCACCCAUGAAUUCUGAAAAAACUCAAAUGUGAAAUAGCAGAACUACUAACUGUGAAAACAGAUAACUGCCAUGAUGCUGCCCAAUUGCAACUACUCGGAUCCCCAAGAAAAACUGGAGGCUUUUCAACAUAAACAAAGGUUGCACCGACGGAGUCUCUGGCUGCACUCUGGACACUGCCUGCUGCUCGUGCAACCUCUCUGAUGACUCCUUGUCCUUUACGGUGAAGACCUCUGAUGCUAGCGGCUUCCCUUCUAGCAGGAAUUGGGAAGGAAAGCUAAAAACUCCUCAGAUCAGCCUGGUACAUUAUGUCAGCUGUCAAUGACACCAAAUUCAACUUUGCAGUGUUCCUUCUCACCGGGAUACCUGGGCAGGAAGAUGUCUAUCUCUGGAUCUCUGUCCCCUUCUGCUUAAUUUAUGUUAUUUCCAUAGUAGGACAUUCAGUCAUUCUGUUCAUUAUAAAAACAGAUCCAAGCCUCCAUGAGCCUAUGUAUAUUUUAUUUUCCAUGUUGGCCAUCACAGACCUUGGCUUAUCGAUAGCCACCAUGCCAACGAUACUGGGCAUAUACUUGUUUAAUUCUAGGGAGAUCAGCCUCGAUGCCUGUUUUGCCCAGGUCUUCUUCAUCCACUCGCUUUCAUUAACUGAAUCCUCCAUGCUCUUGUUGAUGGCCUUUGACCGUUUCGUUGCGAUCUGUAACCCGCUGAGAUAUGCUUCCAUCUUAACCUCACCGAGAAUAGCCAAGAUGGGACUGGUGUUUGUGCUAAGAUGGAUGGCUCUAAUAUUCCCACUCCCCUUUCUCCUGAAACAGUUCCAAUACUGUCGAGCCAAUGUCCUGUCCCAUUCCCACUGCCUGCACCAGGAGGUCAUGAAGAUGGCUUGUUCAGACAUCACAGUCAAUAGCAUCUAUGGCUUGUCUGUUAAACUCUCAACAGUUGGGUUGGAUUUGUUGCUCAUCUUUCUCUCUUAUGUGAUGAUCAUCAAAACAGUGCUGAGCAUCGCGUCCCCCAUGGAGUGCCUUAGGGCCCUGAACACCUGCGUCUCCCACCUCUGCGCCGUCCUGCUCUUCUUCACACCAGAAAUCGGCUUGUCUGUGAUACACAGAUUCGGAUAUGGCUCUUCUCACUUGCUUCAGAUUCUCCUGGGCUAUGUCUACCUGCUGAUCCCUCCCCUGAUGAACCCAAUCGUGUACAGCGUGAAAAGCAAACACAUUCGUGCAAGGAUAAUCAGGGUGUUCAUCAAAUAA